CUCCUCUCUCUCUCUCUUUCCCCUUCCUUUCUUCAGGACUCUAUUUUGCUGUCCCGUGUCUUUAUGUUGUUCGUUUGGUGAACUCUCUCUGGUUUUCUCGGAAAAGGUGUAGAGGAAGGAAAAUAUUUCUUGUCAAUUUUCCUCUUCCAUUAAACAUUCGCGGCAUUUUCUGCCCCAGAUUUUGGUUGGUUAAGAUGAUUUUAGUGAUGAACGGUAGUUUGAAGGCUAGGCAUCAAGUCUAGUAUUGGCCUUUUUCUCUCUUCCUUCAUCAUCAGUAAAUGGGCUGCUUUAGUUCUAAAGUAGCAAGACAGUUUCCUGGUCAUGAGGACCCUGUUGUUCUUGCUUCACAAACAGCUUUUAGCGUAAGUGAAGUUGAAGCACUGUUUGAGCUAUUCAAGAGCAUUAGCAGUUCUGUUGUUGACGAUGGGUUAAUAAAUAAGGAGGAGUUUCAGCUGGCUCUUUUCAAGAACAGAAAGAAAGAGAGUCUCUUUGCUAAUAGAAUCUUUGACCUCUUUGAUGUUAAGCAAAAAGGAGUCAUUGAUUUUGGUGACUUUGUUAGAGUUCUCAAUGUAUUCCAUCCCAAUGCCCCACAAGAAGAAAAGAUAGACUUUUCAUUUAGGCUUUAUGAUUUGGAGAAUACGGGAUUCAUUGAGCGCCAAGAGGUUAAGCAAAUGUUGAUUGCGCUCCUUUGUGAAUCUGAAAUGAAGUUGGCUGAUGAGACGAUAGAGAUAAUUCUUGAUAAGACAUUCAUGGAAGCUGAUUCUAACAAUGAUGGCAAGAUAGACAGAUCCGAAUGGCAGAACUUCGUCCGUAAAAACCCAUCCCUGUUAAAGAUCAUGACACUACCCUACCUAAGGGAUAUCACAACAACAUUUCCAAGUUUCGUUUUCCACUCCGAGGUGGAUGAAAUUGCUACCUGAAAAAGCAGGGAAAUUAGCUUAGGAUAUUACAAACAGUUGCUAUGAACCUCUGGCUUCUGAAUUUUUUUUUUAAAAUCAUUUAUCAUUUACAGAAGUCAACAAGUGUGUUACUCUAGGUGGAAAGAUCCACUGCUGAGUAAAGGUUAGCUCGAGUUGUCUUUUAACUUAAAAGCACAAUCGUUAUAAUUGAUACUGUUUCAUUUUUCUUGUUAAUAAUAAUAGUUUUAUGCUGA